AGGCUUUUUAAACUUGCGCAUCCUCCCGUCGGGACAUUAGGACCAAACUCUGCAGCAUGACCAGGAAACUACAGAACCAAAGUCCGGAGCAGGAUGGAAGGACUAGAAAAAGGAUCCUGAAGCCAGUCGUGGAGAAGAAGAGGAGGGAUCGAAUAAAUCAGAGUCUGGCUGAACUGAGAAGCCUGUUGCUGAAUUCCACGUCUGAUCCGCGACUGCAGAAUCCUAAAAUAGAGAAAGCAGAGAUUUUGGACUUGGCUGUGGAAUACCUCAAACAGUGGACAGAUGGGAGGAAACUCAGACACUCGGAGUCUGGCGCUCCUCCUCCUCCUCCUCCUCUCAUGAGUAUUGAGAGUGCUGGUUUUCAGCAGUGUGUGGCCCAGCUGAGCAGCUACAUGCACAAGAUAACCCCUGCGCAGAGAACCAGCCUGAUAGAGGGCCUUAAACGCCACACUGAGAACCGGCAGUCGCCUCCAGACUUCAGCCAGAAAACGACGCCUGACGCAGCCUCCGUGGACGCCACGUGCACGUCUGAAGGCAAAGAGGAGUCUCCCAGGCUGCUCUUCCCCUCACAUUCCCCCUUUCAGCCCCUCUCCUGCUCCACGCCUUGCCACGACUAUCUGUCCCCCCCUUCCUCGCCCUGGUUCUCUCCUUCCUUCUCCACGUACGCCACCUCUCCUCCUUUCCCGUCGUUUUCCUGCCACUUCUCCUUCCCCCCGAGCCUGUCACCUCCAUCUUCCAACACCUCCUUCUUCAGCUUCUCACCCACGCUUCCUCCCUCCAGCCUCCACGCCCCUCCUCCUCCCCCUCCUUCUGCCCCCACCACACUGAGACCACCCCCACACCUUGCACAUAGGGAGGGGUCAAACUCUUCCUUGGCCAUGUGGAGGCCUUGGUCUUGA